GUUGACAUUUGGGAGCGGCUUGGGAAAGGGGAAGGCAAGAGAGGGGUUAGGGUUAGCGUCACGACUCUUUGACAGGUGCUGUCGGUCGGGCGACCAAGCUGCCAUCACAUAAAGAUAUGCUGUAUAUGGACAAUGCAUAGGAUACUGUACAUGUCCGGUAGGCAAGCUUCCGGCAUCUCUAUCUCCCCACAAUGGCUACCCCAUCCGCCCUCCAAUCCAUGAAGCUCCGCAAAUCCUCCGUGCCAGCGCACGACGCCUCCGCCCCCCGCUUCGACUCCACCGUCAUCGAAAACACAACCGAGUCCUACAACACCACCGUCCGUUCCUGCAACUUCGAGAACUGGGGUCCCGCGCUCGGUGAGCAUACCUUCCGAACCGUGACGUUGACCCUCACUGUUGAGAACGCGAGGGUGCUCGUUGAGGGGUAUCGCGCGUAUGAAGCUGCGGGGAGGGAUGUGGAUGCGCCGGCGGUGACUGAGGCCGUGGAUGUGCUGGAGAGGGAGCUUGGACCACGGCUUGAGAAGCUUAUCCAUGAAAUCCAAGCCGCGCACAGCUCGACCGCAGGCGUGUUUAUGAAAAUGUCCAGCCGAAGCGCCAAGGACUCCGCCCUCGCCCCCGCCCGGCUCCGCUUGCUCUAUCGUGCGGCGCUAGAAAAAACAAGAGAGCCUGGUGAUACUUCCCCUCCAGACGAAAACACCCGCAUAACCGCCCUCCUCACCGCCUCCCGCGCUCUGCUCUGCUACCCCACCCCCCGCGCAGCCCUGCACUCCUUUGUCGUCUCAGAACGCAUUUUUCAGGACAUGUUAUUGGCCCUCAAGUACCCGGACCCUGCACAAUGGGACACCCGUAUCCUCGUCCGCGAGUGGGCGGAUAUCGACCCUGAUAUGGAGUUUCGUGGGUUUGUUCGCAAGGGUGAGCUCAAUGCACUCUGUCAGUACAACUAUAACAUGUUUUCGCCGCGGCUCCUCGAUCAAAAGGACUCCAUCGCCGACCGGAUCCGCAUAUUCUACACUGAAAAAAUCCGACCGAAGAUCGAGAGCGCCCUCCCGGACUGCAUCGUCGACUUUGCCAUUGCAGACACGGGCAAGAUCUAUGUGAUUGAACUCAACCCGUUCCUGUCGACCACGGACGGCGCGCUGUUUAGCUGGGAGCGCGAACGGGAUGUGCUUGAGGAGGGGCCGUUUGAGUUGAGAGUUGUGCAGAAGGCUAGGACGGGGGCGAGUGUGCUGUUUCCUAGAGAGUGGAGGAGUGUUAUGGAGGAGACCAUGUAGUAUUUUUGGUAUUAGCAGGGCCGUGGAUGAGAAGCGAAGCGAUGUGGGGGGGGAUGGAUGAGGGCGAUGGCUGGCGGAGAGCCUGCUUUCACAUUGCAUUACUUGAACGAUAUACCAGGACAUCAGACUUUCAGAAUGCAGGAUAGCGCUCUGAGAGAGACUGUAAGGCGUGUUUAUAUAAUGUGAUCUAUAGGCCUGAUGUAUGUAUGCAGUAUGGAUGUUGUCGUUCCAGCAGAACGAGGGAUGGAUGUGCUUCGG